AAAAAAAGCCUUUCCAGUGGUGACAACCUCCCUAUGAGAACAUGCCUCUCGCAAAGGAUCGCCUUCAUCCCUCUCCAGAAGAGGAGAAGAGGAAACACAAGAAAAAGCACCUGGUGCAGAGCCCCAAUUCCUACUUUAUAGAUGUGAAAUGCCCAGGAUGCUAUAAAAUCACCACGGUCUUUAGCCAUGCACAAAUGGUAGUAUUGUGUGUUGGCUGUUUCACUGUUCUCUGUCAGCCUACUGGCAGAAAAGCAAGGCUGACAGAAGGAUGCUCCUUCAGGAGGAAGCAGCACCGAACGCACCCGAUUGAGGAUGAGUGGGAGCCAUCCUAAUAAACACAUUUUGGAUUAAAAAAAAAAAAAAGGAUGAUGCAAGCAAGGCUCCAAGUGCUGGGACUGGCUGCCUUGUUUUCAUUUCCAAUGCAUUCUGAGAUGGCUAGUUCUUAGUAGGCAAAAACAAACAAACAAAGCAAGAGCAAAGACCACAUGCCAAGGAAUAAAUAAUAAUAAGAUAAUGAAGUUAGUACUUUACAUCAUACUCUUUAAAAUCUAAAAUAAAUAAGAGUAACAAAUUCUGCAAAACAGCACAGCAGUUAUGGUAGCCUGAAGUGGACAUCAAGUUACUGUUUUUUAGUGGUAUCCCGGGCUUCAUGCACACUAACAAAAACCUUUAUGAAUGAUCCACAUGUUCAGUAACA